AUGUCGGACAGCGCCCGCGUCCUUGCCCUUUCUAUCUUACAACUCGUCAGCGUUUUGGGGUUCACUAUUCUCUUGCUCACGUUUCUUCUGUCGUCAAGAGUGAACAGGAGCUAUACCUGGGUUGGCUUCUCUGUUGGUUGGAUUAUUGCUUGCUUGUCGUAUGAUAUCCUCUUCUUUGCGGGCCAGGAGUACGAUUCAUCCCCAAGCCGCGUGAUCUGCCUAGUGCAGGCUGCACUGGUUCAGUCCGUACCUGUCCUACAGGCCACGACGAAUCUUUCUCUCAUUGUCGAUAUAUGGCUGCUAGUUGGCGAUGCGCUUCAGCCAUUGCGAAUAAGCAAGCGACAGCUACUAACAUACAGGGUGUCGGUAGUCUUGUUCCCCCACGUGUUUUCCGUCUCCGUCUUCGUGGGAUAUAUACUGUUCGGGAUCUACAAUCCUUCUACGGUGCAAAAGUACCCAUACUCGGCAUACUGCACUAUCGUGUACCCCGGCAUCCCGUCUGUCAUAUCUAUGGGGCUUUUCGGCUUCUUCAUGCUCUUCGCCAUCCUAUUCAAAUUGUUGUUCGGCUGGCUCCUAUAUCAUCGAUGGAACUGCAUCAGCAACAUCAGAAAAUGUGUCACGAUGAUAAUUAGGAUCAUGAUCUUUACUACAGCCAAUGGUGUCGUUCUGAUCCUCAAUGUGUUAUUAUAUGUGGGAAUUAUUGACCGACCCACCGUCGACAUUACGAAUGCAACGUUCCCGAUCCUGAUCUUUAUCUUGAUGGCCACAGAGCAGGAUUUAUUGGAAACAUGGAUAUUUUGGCGCUGCGUGCUGGUCUUGAAUGGACUGCGCCUGCGUUCCUUCGACCUCCCCUCCGUCGCAGACCUUCAGUUAUUCAGACUGUUAAAAACCCUUAUGUCUGAAGCGUCCGCCAUCUUGGCAUUUUCUAUCCUUCAAGUCAUUGGUGCUGCAGGAUUCCUUCUCAUUCUCCUCACCGUUGCUUUCUCGCCGACGAUAAAGCGAAGACCGGUGUGGAUUAGCUUUUGUGUGGGGUGGUUCUUGGCGUGCAUAUCCUUCGCCUUGCUCUUCAUAUCCGGGCGAUAUCGCCCCCACCCGCCCCAUCGUAUCCUAUGCCUAGUGCAAGCUGCGCUAGUCGACUCGGUUCCUGUUCUCCAAGCCAGUACAAACCUGACACUCGUUAUCGAUACGUGGCUCCGCGUUCGUAAACUUAUUUCAAAGAAAGAGAAAGGGCCCAUGUAUUCAUGGAGCAUUCGUGUUGCUCUGGUGAUAUCUCCUUUCGCUUUCUCCCUGUGUGUUUUCGUUGGUUACUUGGUGUUCGGGAUACGUUACCCUAUUAUCGUUGGUUUAUCUCCGCCGGAUGCGUACUGCAGGAUACAUGGUCAAAUUCCGAUCACGGCGUUACACAUGGCGCAUAAGAUCCAAAGAAUUGUUGCUGAUCUUGUUCUGGCUACUUUUCCAAUAUUCACGCUAGCGUUGUUCAUGGCAGAAAGGGAUAUCCUUGAGGCGUGGUUCCCAUUCAUCCGCCGUGAUACCAGUUUCCCAAUGGUGCAACCGGAAGCUUGA